UGUACCACGAAAUGGAGAAAUGUAGUGACUUUCUGAGACUCCUCCUUUUGUGAGGUCAGAGAAAAGGAGUGGGGGCUUCUUUGUUCGGUUAAGCUAAAGACGAUGGAAAUGGUAGUAAGGCCUAUAAACACAGUGCUGAUAUCAGUUCGAUUUUUAAGAGAUUUUUUGAAGGUUUGAGUGCAAUGAGUGUUUGUCGACCUGGCUAAUGCUCCGCCCGCUACGAUGAUCUCUCCAGGACAGACAAAGAAGCUGUGGACUCGAUGCGUCGCUGUGCUUUGGUUUUUGCACUUGUGCGGUGCACAGAUAUUGUACUCGGUGUCGGAAGAGAUAAGUAAAGGGACUGUCGUGGGAAACAUCGCAAAGGAUUUAAACCUUAAUACGCAGGAUCUCGAGUCGACGGGACUGCGGAUUGUUUCGGGACACAAUAAGAGGUAUUUUGAUGCAGAUUUGAAAACGGGAUUGCUCGUUGUCAAUGAACGGAUAGACAGAGAAGAGCUGUGUGGCAAUGCAGCUAAGUGCUCUGUAAAUAUAGAAGCAAUUCUCAGCAACCCUAUGCAGCUUCACAGAAUAGAGGUAAAUAUAUUAGACAUGAAUGACAAUGCGCCAUUUUUUAGUGAAAUUUCCUAUUUUCUUAAUAUUACAGAAUUAACAUAUACAGGGGAGAGAUUUCCGUUACCAGUAGCAAAUGAUAUGGAUUCAGACAGGAAUUCUGUCAAAAGCUAUAAACUGAGCACAAAUCAACAUUUUUCUCUGGAUGUACAAAGCGGAGAGGAGCAAAGUGUAUCCUCCGAAUUAGUACUGCAGAAUGCUUUAGACCGAGAAAAACAGCCUGCAAUCCUGCUAACACUUACUGCAAUAGACGGAGGAAAACCCCCACGAUCAGGUACAUUACAAAUAGUGGUCAAUGUUGAAGAUGUGAAUGAUAACACUCCUGUAUUCACGAAACCGCUUUAUAAAGUACGCGUGGAUGAAAAUAGUCCACUGGGAACUACCAUUGUUAAACUGGAAGCUACAGAUUUAGACGAGGGCGUAAAUGGAGAGCUAGUGUAUUCUUUCACUGCUGGAGGGACUUCAAAGAUUCAUGAUCAGUUCAGGAUAGACUCAGUAACAGGAGAAAUUACUAUAAGAGGGAAACUCGAUCAUGAAGAAAAUCCAGUAUACGAAAUUCGGGCUCAGGCUAGAGAUAAAGGCACGCCAUCCCGUGUAACACAUUGUAAAAUACUUCUUGAAGUUCUAGAUGAUAACGACAACGCACCAGAGAUUACAACGUCAUCUUUGAUGAGCCCAGUUAAAGAAGAUUCCUCUUUAGGGACAGUAGUGGCGCUAGUCACAGUUACUGAUAAGGAUAGUGGAAAAAAUGGACAAACCAAAGCAUAUGUUUCAGGAUCCGUUCCGUUUAAACUACAGUCGUCCUACAAAAAUUAUCAUUCCUUAGUUGUCGAUGGCCAGUUGGACAGAGAAAGUAUCUCACAAUAUGACAUCAGUGUCUUAUCAACGGAUGAAGGGACCCCACCUCUGUCCAGUAGUAUUGUAAUUACUCUAUUCGUUUCUGAUGUGAAUGAUAACGCGCCGUUCUUUCCAGAUCCCGUCAUUAACAUUUAUGUGAAAGAGAACAGUCAGAUUGGAACUGUUAUUCAAACAAUAUCUGCUUUUGAUCCGGAUGUAGGUGAUAAUGCCAGAAUAACAUAUUCACUAUUAGAAAGCUCUAAAAGCACCCCAGUUUCGUCUCUGAUUAAUGUAAACGCUGACAGUGGAGAAAUUCACAGUUUACAAUCUUUUAAUCACGAGGAAAUUAAAACGUUUCAGUUUAAAGUGCAGGCCACAGACGCGGGUGUUCCUCCUCUAAGCAGUAACGUAAGUGUGAACGUUUUUAUCCUGGAUGAGAAUGACAACAUUCCCGGAAUCCUCGCGCCCUAUUCUGAGCAAGGAUCAAUUAACACAGAGAACAUCCCCUAUUCUGCUGAAGCGGGAUACUUUGUGGCAAAGAUCAGAGCUGUAGAUGCCGAUUCUGGUUACAAUGCACUCCUUUCUUAUCAUAUCUCUGAGCCCAAAGGGAACAACUUGUUCCGGAUUGGAAGCAGCAGCGGAGAGAUCAGGACUAAGAGGAGAAUGAGUGACAAUGACCUGAAAACUCACCCGCUGGUCAUUUUGGUGUCUGAUAAUGGACAGCCUUCACUGUCAGCCACUGUGUCUAUUGAUGUUGUGGUGGUUGAGAACCCAGGCGACAUUCAGACUAAGUUUAAACAUGUUCCAUUAAAGGAGGAGAGCUUCUCGGAUUUAAAUCUGUAUCUGCUGAUCGCCAUCGUGUCGGUUUCAGUGAUCUUUUUACUGAGCCUCAUCAGUUUAAUAGCAGUAAAAUGCUACAGGACAGAGAGCAGUUUCAGCAGGUACAGCGCCCCAGUGAUCACCACACACCCUGAUGGGAGCUGGUCUUACUCCAAAUCUACUCAGCAGUACGACGUGUGUUUUAGCUCCGACACACUGAAGAGUGACGUAGUAGUUUUCCCUACGCCAUUUCCGCCUGCAGAUGCAGAAUUAAUCAGUAUUAAUGGAGGAGACACUUUUACCAGAACACAAACUCUUCCUAGUAAUGAGAAGGUAAGAUAG